AUGUAUCAAUUUAUUGAAUCAAAAUUAAACGCGAAAUCCAUAAUAAUAUUGGACGGCGCAACUGGUACUGAAAUACAACGAAAAGGUGUACCUAUGGAUAAUGAAACAUGGUGCGCACAAGCAAAUAAAACUCAUCCUGAUGUUGUUAAAUCAGUUCAUGAAUCAUAUAUUAAUGCAGGAUCAAUAGUUAUAACUGCAAAUACAUAUGCAACAUCACCAUUAUUAUUUAAUUCAUUAGGUUUAGAUAAUGAAUUUUUAGAAUUAGAUCGAUUAGCUGUUGAAAUAGCAAAAGAUGCUGUAGCAGGAAGACAGAUUGCAAUAGCUGGUUCUAUAUCAACAAUGAGACCUAUAAUAGUAGGCACAGAUCAACUUGAUAUUUCAAAAGAAUGGACAGAAUCAGAAGCAACUAGAUUAUUUCAAUUAAAAGCAAAUAAUUUAAAAAGUUGUGGUGUUGAUUUUUUAAUGUUAGAAUUAUUACGAGAUUGUGAUUAUGCAAUAUGGGCAAGUAAAGCAGCUAUAGAAACUAAUUUACCAGUAUGGAUUGGUAUUUCAGCAGAGAAAAUAAAAGAUAAUAAAUUAGUAGGGUAUUCACAUCCUGAUUGUUUAUUUGAAGAUAUUGUAAUUAAAAUAGUAGAAUUAAAACCGGCUGUUAUUAAUGUUAUGCAUACAUCGCCACAUAUUACUGAUGAAGCUUUAAAAAUUGUCAGAAAAUAUUGGAAUGGACCAGUUGGAACAUAUCCAGAAUCUGGAUCCUUUAUAAUGCCUAAUUGGGUGUUUCAAGAUGUUAUAUCACCAGAGGAGUUAGUAAAAAAAUCUAUUGAAUGGAAGGAACAAAGUGAUGUUACUUUAUUUGGUGGCUGUUGUGGUAUUGGACCUGAUCAUAUAAAAGAAUUGAAAAACGCUCUCUUAUAA